AUGGCACCCCCAACGUUUUCACCCCGGGGCCAUCUUUUACCCGAAAUUUGGUUGGGCGUCUUUAACCAACUUCCCCGUCAAAACAUUCGUGAUGUGACUUUGACCUGUCACUCCUUUCGUCAUUUGGCCCAGCCCUUGCUUUUCCGGUCCUUGUCAUUCUGUCCCUUCCUUGUGGACGGUCAAAACAACCGUGUUCUGCCAAAGAGAGAAAUUCUUGAGAGGACAAUGGCUAAAUUACAAUUUUGCUCGUCUGAUCGUAUCUCACAUGCGAUUCACACUUGUAAAGUUUUCUCUCGCCCUACUGUAGGCAUCAGUGUCGACAGCACAGAUGACUACAAUUUCAUCCUCGACUCUCUCCUGUGUGUUCUCCCUCGAUUUGUCAAUCUCAAGGCGCUGUCCUUCCUUUUCUUGGAUUUGAACCACACCCAACUCAAACUGCUGUGUCGGCUACAGAGACUUCAUAGUCUAUUUCUCGGAGACUGUCAUACCACUGCAGUAGAACCGCCACAUUCACCCUUGAAAGUUGCGAAGGUCGAAGUAAUGUCUGAUAACUCCAGAGCAUUCGUGCGAUAUCAAUGGGGCGUUUCGAUUCUUCAUCCUCACCACCUCGAAUCUCUCUCCUUCAACGAAUUUCACGCUGCAGAGCAUUUUUUACGCGAUGUAGUUUCUAGAAAUUCUAGACUAUCAUUACAAAGUCUCUCCAUCCCGCUAUCUCUGGAGCUACUGCACGCCCUUCUUUCAGUGUUGCCACACUGUCCAAUGCUGCAAGAACUGAGGUUAAUUCGGUCUGGAGAGAAGUCGAAUUUUGAUAUCACUAAUUCAAGUUUACCUGCACCAUCACCAAAGUUUGCAAAAUCUCUUUCGACAUUUCAUGGCCCAUAUCAAGUGAUCCCAUUACUCGUUCGGGGCAACAGGUUGCGUCAUUUAUCUUUGUGGAACGCACGACCAACUACGGAGGUAUCAUUUAUAGAGCCAGCGGAGUUGCGUGCUGUACUUCACCGAUCCCGCGACAUUGUCAAACAUGUGGAGACAUUGGAAGUUGAUGUUACAUACAUCAACGAAAUCGUUAUGGACGUCGUCUGCUCGCUAUUCCCAAAUAUCAAGUCCCUUUUUGUGUAUACCAACCAUGCUCUUCACAGCAACUCAACGUCUGGCUCGUACAACUUGGAGACUUUAAUGAUGGCUUUGAUCGAUAUGAAGAUGCCGCCAGCCCUGCAGAAACUACGUGUAAAAUCACGAGCACGAGGUCCACGCUCGAAUGAAGAAAGCACAUAUGCAGCUCUCAAACAGCGCUUAAUUGAUAAAUAUCCCAACCUGUGCUUCCGAUAUCUAGAUGAUUAUGAGUUUAUCAUCACCCGAGGCUGCGAAUAUGGAUCACAUUGA